GCUCGUGUUAUUUAUUGAUAAAAAAAGGUCACGAACUCUGACCCUCUCGCUACCUGCAGCAAACACUUAAAAAUAUUAAUUUAUUGAAGGCAGUAAAAUAUCUGACCCGACAGCUCAUCGACAGGUGUGCCUGUUUCAUGGGGCACUGAUGUGAACGGUGGUGGAGGAAGGUGUAUGCCGUAUCAGAAUGGAUGGGCAGACUCAAAGGAUUCAGCUUGUGUCAGCAGACAACAGUAUGGCAUUAGGACACAGAAUCCAGAUUGUAACUGAUCAGCAGACUGGACAGAAGAUCCAGAUCGUCACAGCACUUGAGCCAUCUUCGCCUGGAAAGCAGCAGUUUAUCCUAGCAAAUGCUGAUUAUUCCCCUGGGGGGAAGGUGAUUCUGGCCAAGCAGGAGGGGUCACCCAACAAGGUCAUCCUCACCACUCCAGAUGGUUCUGGGGUUAACCAGCUGCUGUUUACCUCCCCUGAACUCACUGCGCAGCAGAUUCAGUUUGUGACUGAAAGCUCAGACCAGUCUAUUGUGAAGCCUGUUGUGGAGUACUGCGUUGUCUGUGGGGAUAAGGCCUCAGGACGUCAUUACGGAGCUGUUAGCUGUGAGGGCUGUAAAGGCUUCUUCAAACGCAGUAUAAGGAAGAACCUGGUUUACACAUGCAGAGGAUCCGGAGAAUGUGCCAUUAACAAGCUGCACCGAAACCGCUGCCAGUACUGUCGACUGCAGCGCUGUAUAGCUCUGGGCAUGAAGCAGGAUUCUGUGCAGUGUGAGAGGAAGCCCGUUGAGGUCACUGCCAGAGAGAAAUCUGUCAACUGUGCAGCCUCCACUGAAAAGAUCUACAUCCGCAAGAACUUGUGUAGCCCUCUGGCUGCUACACCUACUUUUGCAUCCGACAAGGAAACUGCUCGGUCUACAAGUUUGCUUGAGUCAAGCAUGUUGCUGAACAUCCAACAACCCUUCUCCAAGCUGGAAAACACCAUCUUGAUUCCAGCAUCGCCUGAAAAGCAGGAUGACCCAUCUCAGGGUGAUCUUGGUACACUGGCAAAUGUAGUGACAUCCCUUGCCCACCUUAACAAGAGCAGAGAAGCAAGUGACAGCGGUAAUGAUCUGAUGGGAGCUGAAACACUUAGCAACGGUGACAGCUCAAUGACAGAUAUCCAGGGAGAUGAACAAACCGCAAGUGAUAUCUCUAGAGCUUUUGACACCUUGGCCAAAGUUCUACACACUGGCGAUGGCUCAGCAGGAGAGUCCUUGGAGGCUACAAUGCAGCUUAUGUCAGGGGACCAGUCAGACCCUGUGGUGGAGUUAGAGGGACCUCUUCUUUCUGACAGCCAUAUCCCUUUCAAGCUUAUGAUGCCUUUGCCUGUGCCAGAGUACCUCAAUGUCAACUACAUCUGUGAAUCAGCUUCACGGCUACUUUUUCUCUCUAUGCACUGGGCACGCUCCAUACCUGCCUUUCAAACCCUUGGUGGGCAAGACAAUGACAUUAACCUAAUGAAAGCCUGCUGGAACGAACUUUUCGCCCUGGGUCUGGCACAGUGUUCCAAUGUAAUGAAUGUCGGCACCAUCUUAAGUGCCAUUAUCAACCAUCUUCAGACCAGCUUACAGGAAGAGAAACUGUCCCCAGAGAGAGUAAAACUAGUGAUGGAGCACAUUUGGAGGAUGCAGGAGUUCUGUAACAGCAUGUCCAAGCUGUCCCCAGACUCUUACGAAUAUGCCUACCUCAAAGCCAUCGUACUCUUUAGUCCUGAUCACCCAGGUAUAGAUAAUAUCCCACAAAUAGAGCGGUUCCAGGAGAAAGCCUACAUGGAGCUGCAGGACUAUGUAACGAGAACAUACCCAGAAGACUCUUACCGGUUAUCCAAGCUGUUGCUGCGUCUUCCUGCCCUCAGGCUGAUAAGUGCAGCUGUGACUGAGGAGCUGUUUUUCGCUGGGCUCAUUGGCAACGUGCAGAUUGACAGCAUCAUCCCUUAUAUCCUCAAAAUGGAGUCCACUGAUUAUAAUAGCCAGGCCGUCUCUGGUGUCUGACACACAGCUUAUAGCAACAUGGGACUGAAGAUUCAGUGGCCAACUAUUCACGUCACUGAAUGGUCAUAACACAAUGACAAUAUCCCUUGUGAAUUAUUAUUUUUUCACAUCUACCUUUGUCCUACAUCUGACUCCUUAGGAGCCAGUCAGCAGAGCGCAGCUCACAAUUAGGACAAAUAAAACCAACUCCAGUUGCAAGGAAGCCUAUCUGUAUCUGCCUGUUCAGGAACAAACCCUUGAAGUUUGCAUAGUAGGUCGUGCUUUUUAUUGUACAUAGUAUUUUAUGCUUCAUUGACUCCAGGCCUUUCCUUUUCUGCAGAUCUUGUUUGUACUUUGAAGGAAUGGGUAUGGUUUGUUUUUCACUGCUUUCAUACACAGCUUUUUUGUUUUAUAGUGGUAAAUAUAAGAAAAAAAAAAGUUGUCAUAAUGUGAACCAAAUUGUCACUUAAAGUUAAAACUUAAAAAAAACAUUUUUUUUUUUUUUUUAAUUUGUUUGCCAGUCCAAAGGAUCUGCAGCAUCACUUGUCCAAUAAGUGACGUCAUAAGAAUUUGAAGUAUUUGUGUAUAUAAAUUUGUAUAUAUAAUUGACCAAGGCUAAUGGGCAGCCCUUGGUAAUUUGUGGAUUUCAUCUUUUUGGCCAAAUUCACAUGGAUAGAAAAUGAUGGUCAUAUCAUUUAAAAAUAAAAACAUCUUUCGACCACGAU